AUGGAGGAGCGCCGUAAGGGCAAGGCGCGCGACGCCAACAUCCACGAGGUGCCUUGCCUUCUACCGACGCGAUGGUGGUUUGCCAGCACGGGAACGCUGGGCCCUAUGGCAAAUGCCUUCAGCAUCUGCUCACUGUCCCAGGACUGGCGAGCAGAUAUCGGGACACUCGGGACCGGUAAUCUUCCAAAAACCGUCAAAGAUCCGUCAUGGGCGAUCGCGAUCAAUUCCAUCUCCCUCGGUUUUGCCUUGAUAUCAAAUGCGUCUCUUCUGCUGAAUAUGGCUAGAAGAGUUCCUUUUUCCGUCAGCCAGCCUAUAACAAUUGGCGGUUGGUAUAUCGCCUCUGCGUUGCUAAUUGGCCUGACUGUCGCGAUCCCACGAGUGACGGACUUGCAUGGUAGACAGCUAACCCAGGCCUACUACUAUGCCAUCAUGGCGGCUGCUAUCUACUUCUUCGUAUCAUCACUCUUGCUUAUUACCGGAUAUGGUGCGAGAACUGGACGCUACAGCAAACAUUUCAAUCUCACCACCAGUCAGCGUUCACUAAUGCUACAGACAAUUAUCUACAUGAUGUACCUCCUGAUUGGCGCGGCUAUAUUUGCUCAUGUUGAAAACUGGAGUUAUCUUGAUGCUUUAUACUGGGCUGAUUUCACCCUUCUUACUAACGGAAUUGGUGACCUCGCUCCAGCCACCCACCUUGGUCGAAGCCUUUUGUUUCCGUUCGCCGUUGGCGGCAUUCUCACCCUUGGUUUGAUCAUUAUUUCCAUCCGAUCAAUGAUGAUCGAAAGAGCGAGGGCACAGCUCACCGUGAGGAUAACAGAAAAGAUGAGGAAACUGGUUACAGAGCAGCUGCAGUCCGGAGAUAUGACGACGCGAAUGCUUCAGCCACUGGCGAACCCGGGUAGCUCGCUAUCUGAUAAAGAGAUACAGCAAGAAGAGUUCCAUGUGAUGCACCGCAUACACAAGACUUGUGCCUGGCAGCUCCGGUGGCUUUCUUUUCUCAUCUCGGCUUUGGCAUGGGCAGUACUUUGGCUAGUAGGGGCCGUUGCAUUCUGGCAGGCGGAACAACCCGCUGGCUGGACUUAUUUCACCUCGUUAUACUUCGCCUAUGUGAAUCUUCUUACAAUUGGAUAUGGCGACGUCGUCCUAGGCGAGUCGUGGGGGAAACCAUUCUUCGUUCUAUGGUCACUUCUUGCUGUUCCGACCACCACCAUCCUGAUCUCAAGUAUGGGUGAUACCGUUGCGAAGCUAUUCCACGAUGCCACUAUUUUUGCAGGAGAUUUAACCCUAUUCCCUCAUGAGACUGGUAUCAAAAACAGGCUGUUCUCUUUCCUUCAUGGCAUGGCUGAAUAUUUUCGACAUCGUGGACGCGACACGGAAUAUAUUGACGGACAGUCUAUCGGUGAUCAUCCCCACACGUACCAUUCUGCUUCAAUGGAGAAUCUGGCCCCACAAAACCUAGGGUUUCAGGAAAUACGCUUACCUUCACAAAGGUGGUGUGCGAUAGUACAUGAGCUUGGAAAGAUUUACAAUGACCUUUCUUCAAACCCACCAAAACAUUAUACCCACGAUGAAUGGUGCUAUUUCCUUGGCCUAAUAGGGUGUGCUGAAGGUUGCUGCCCCUUUACCCAAAUACCCUCUACAGAUGCAGAGUUGUCAAAAUCAGAAAGGGCUCGCCGUCUGUCGGAAAAACCCCCAGCCCUUAGUGUCGGAGAAAAAUGGAGCUGGGUUGGGGUUAAAAGUCCACUGACAGGAGACAGAAACGAGGCUAGAUGGUUAUUUGAAGCUUUACUAUUCACCUUGGAGGAAGAGAUAAAGUCCCAGUGUAAUGCAUCCUAUAACAGAUCAAAUUCUUGA